AUUCAUAUACUGAAUAAGAAGGUUCUAGGUGCGAAUCGAGAUUGAAGCGUUUUAAAUUAUUAUUAUAUUUUUAUAUUUAUUAGUUGUAACAGUUUGCGAUAAAUCUAAUCCAUAAUCUAUAAAAUAAAAUAUUUAACGAUGACAUAUAUUGUUUGUUCAAUGUUUAUUGUAUCAAUUAUUUUCAUGUGUUUGUACCAAUUACAACAGAUUAACGCAAAUGAAACAAAUAAAAAGUCAUUAAAAUUAUUCAGCACUUUAAAUAUCAAUAAUUUCAGAAUACAAAAUAGAAAAAUAGAUGAUUGCAAUCUAGAACGACAAUAUUGCUUUGAUGACAAUGAUUGUUUUAACCGUUGCAAAAAUUCUAAGAAUGGUGCAUUUAAUUGCAUCAGUGGCCAAUGUAAGAUUACAGUUAACUUUAAAGAAUUGGAUGUCCCUGGAAAAUGUAACUUAGAAGAGGGUAUGGCACCAUUUUUAGUUGGCGUACCAGAAUUAGCAACUGUUUUACCACUUUGUAAGUCAGUUGAUCCCGGUAUUGUUUACAAAGACAUAACAACAGGGGAAAUAAAAAAUAGAAUGUGCGAAGGCAGUAAAAAAUCAAAUGAAAUAAAUUAUUUAACUGAGUGGCCUGAUUCACACCACUGUGACUGCGGUGAAGGCAAAGUACUUGUCGUUAUUCCGAGGACUGAAACUGUACGUCAACAUGUAAAGUGUGUAGAUGCUACUCACGCUUGGUUCUAUGCUGAAAAUAAAUUACUUUUCGAUAAAAAACUAACAGGAACGACUCCAGGUAGCUCAAAUCGUAACCUAUUAAUCUCGUCUAAAACGUACUGGAAACUUUACAAGGAAGCCAGUCAGCCAUCAAACACAAACUGAUCGCACAGAUGCAAUAUAACACAACAUCACUUAUGUAUAUAAAAAUAACCCAGAGAUGUUGUCCUUUGGUUUACAGAACCUGAAGUUUUUAAAUUUUAAAACAGUAUUGAAAAAGAUUUUUUGAAAAAUCCAAAAGUGCACCUUGUAUUCCAAUUGAAAAAGCUCAAAAAAAUUUAUUUG